UAGUUGUGGACGAGCGGUUGCGAGCGGCACUCAAUAAUCGUGAGAGCGAUGUGUUUGUUUAUUGGGUGGACCUUGAAUGGUUAGCCUUGUUGAUGUGGGGAAACACUAGGCGCUUGCCGUGACACGACACAGCAAGGAGCGUUGGAUUGUUGGCUGGUGGUCCUGCACCCAGUUUCCACUCUGGCCACAUAUGCUGCUUAUCUUGGUUAGCUGUUGUGCCAGUGGGCGGCUUAUUGUCUGAGUUGAGUUUCAUACUCUGCUCUCCGACUAGCGCACAAUCUGUUCGUCGAAUCAUAUAUGAAGCAGUAACUGAGUCAACGUGCCACUUAGUGACAAUUUGAUAGCAGCUAUGCAAAAGGAUACAGGCUCUGGUGAUGUUUCUCCUUCUCAUGCAGGACGUGUGAGACAUCGGAGGCGCCCUAAUGAGACUGCCACCGAUGGGAAUAGAGCCAAUGGGACGGUUUUGCUUGUGAGCGACCAGAACAAGUACAAGUCAAUGCUUAUCCGUACAUAUUCAACUUUGUGGAUGAUUGGAGGCUUUGUGUUCGUAGUUUAUAUGGGUCAUCUUUAUAUCUGGGCCAUGGUGGUUGUGAUUCAAAUAUUUAUGGCAACAGAGCUUUUUAACCUACUCAGAAGAUCCAGCGAAGAGAAACAACUGCCAGGGUUCAGGCUCCUGAAUUGGCACUUCUUCUUCACCGCAAUGUUGUUUACUUAUGGGCGUUUUCUUAGCCGGGAGCUUGUUAACACAGUAACUUCAGAUCACUUGCUGUAUAAGCUCGUCAGCGGCCUAAUAAAGUAUCAGAUGUUUAUUUGCUAUUUUCUUUAUAUUGCAGGCUUUGUAUGGUUUAUUUUGACUCUGAAGAAGAAGACAUACAAUUAUCAGUUCAAACAGUAUGCCUGGACGCACAUGAUCCUUUUAACGGUUUUUGCCCAAUCUUCUUUCACCGUGGCAAAUAUAUUUGAAGGGAUGUUCUGGUUUCUUCUCCCUGCUUCGCUCAUUGUGAUCAAUGACAUUGCUGCGUAUUUAUUUGGGUUUUUUCUCGGGAGAACACCAUUGAUCAAGUUAUCACCAAAGAAAACAUGGGAAGGUUUUAUUGGUGCAUCGGUGACAACCAUCAUCUCUGCUUUUCUGUUGGCAAACGUAAUGGGUCAUUUUCAGUGGUUAACCUGCCCAAGAAAGGACCUGUCGACAGGAUGGCUUACCUGUGAUCCCGGUUCUAUGUUUAAGCCAGAGCAUUACUUUUUGGGGGAUUGGGUGCCACAAUGGUUUCCAUGGAAAGAAGUUUUCCUUUUACCCGUGCAGUGGCAUGCUUUAGCCCUUGGUUUGUUUGCAUCGAUAAUAGCACCAUUUGGAGGAUUUUUCGCAAGUGGCUUCAAGAGGGCUUUUAAAAUAAAGGAUUUUGGCGACAGUAUACCUGGACAUGGUGGAAUUACUGACCGAAUGGAUUGUCAAAUGGUCAUGGCAGUCUUUGCAUACAUAUAUCACCAAUCCUUUAUCUCGCCCCACAAUUUCUCUGUUGACACAAUCUUGGAUCAGAUUGUAAGAAACCUAACCUAUGAGGAGCAGAAAUCCUUAUACCAGCAACUAGGAGAGAUCUUCCGUGAAAGGCAGUUUAUGCAAAGCUGAAGAUUUAUUUGCGCGUGAACCACACAACCACACAAGACAGCUGCGUAUGGUUCAUUAUGUAGUUAGAUCUAUGUACAGCAUCAUAGCUCCUCUGUACCGUGAUAGACUGAUGUCCUUAUCCAAACCAUUGUACAGAACGGAGUGUGGAUAGGGUUUAGGUUCUUGAUCCGCUCUCCACUUAUGUUGCUUCUUUUAAUCAUCUGCGCUAAUUCUCUCCUUGUUCGUUAUCAUCCGUGUUCUUGUAAAAACAGAGCUGGAAAAGCUUAUUCGUGUAUAUCACUUUUUUCGGUCUUGGCAUCAAAUAUUUUGUAAGGUUUGCCAGUGGCCUUUUUUUUUGA